GGGCUCAGUGUUCCCCCGGCCGUUGUUAGGUGUACACGCUCGUAUCACCUCUCCUCCCCCCCUCCCUUCAUCACUAACUAACCCUUUUUUACUCUGUGAAUCGUGACCUCGAGGUGUAGAGAGUGUUACCCUGUGUAUAUAUGUGUGUAGAGAGGGUAGUGCAUUAGCCCGUGACCAUAGACGCUGUAGGAACUUAAUAAUAUAUAUAAUCAGUGUGGGGUCCGGAGCUUCACAUGGGCACCUGAACAGGACAGUCAACACUCCGUCAUCAUGCCUUCGUAUUCCUACAAAGUCAACGACCCGAUUAGUCCCAUCUCGUACAAACAACGGAGCAGCACGCCCGGCAGCAGUAAUGGUGGAGGCGGCGGUGGUGGAGGGGAGGGUCACACCUCACCCCCCAACAAGGGCUACACCAACGGUACUGACGAACGCUGGAGACAGAACUACGUACCCACCCCUUACCAUUCUUAUAAGCAGAGCAAUGGGUCAGGGUCAACACAUCCCGUGGAGGAAGAAGCGCCAGAGUCAGGCGAGGGGGAACGUGGUCACUGGGGGUCCAAGGCAGAGUUCCUCCUCUCCUGCAUCGGUCUGUCCGUUGGUAUUGGUAAUGUGUGGAGGUUCCCUUACCUCGCCUAUGAGAAUGGUGGAGCGGCAUUCCUCUUUCCAUACAUCAUCCUUCUGGUGCUGAUUGGCAAGCCCAUGUACCUGAUGGAGACAGCACUUGGGCAGUACAGCCAAUUAGGGCCACUGAAUGUGUGGCGCUGUGCCCCCGUCAUGCAGGGUGUGGGCAUUGCUAUGGUGAUUCUCUCCCUUAUCACUGCCAUAUACUACAACCAACUCAUGGCCUACACAAUCCACUACAUGUAUCACAGCAUGGCAAGAGAGGUACCGUGGGCAACUUGUAACAGUGACUGGGCUAGAGAGAACUGCUUUGAAGUAGGUGGCUUAUACCCAUGUUCUCGCUACAACCUGACAGGUCCCACAGAUUCCGUCAAUUGUACCACCAAGAAUGAAUCCUCAGCUUCACAAUAUUGGAAAUAUGGAGUAUUAAACCUGGACGAGCGUGGUCUUCAGGAAUUUGGUGAGAUUGGUGAGAUUGAAUGGCCACUGAUUGUGUGCCUCCUGAUUUCGUGGAUUAUUGUCUUCUUGUGCCUGGUGAAGGGCAUCAAGUCGUCAGGCAAAGUGGUGUAUUUCACUGCCACUUUCCCAUAUGUCAUUCUCAUUGCACUGCUGGUUGUUGGUGUCAGGCUGGAAGGAGCUGUUGAGGGCCUCAAGUUUCUGUUUAUUCCACGCUGGGAAGAAAUCUUGAAUGUGACAGUGUGGAGAAAAGCAGCAGAGCAGAUGUUUUUCUCUCUCUCUGUGUCAUGGGGAGGACUCAUCAUGUUCGGUUCUUACAACAAAUUCAGGAACAAGGUUCACAUUGAUGCCUUUAUCGUGUCAUCACUGGACUUCAUCACAUCACUCAUUGCAUCCAUAGCUAUUUUCUCUGUGCUGGGCGCUAUGUCACAUGACCUCGGGAUUGACAUAAGGGAACUCGCUACCAGUGGUCCUGGUUUAGCAUUCAUUGCUUACCCUGAAGCUAUCUCAAGAACACUGCCAAUCCCACAGCUGUGGUCAGUUCUCUUCUUCUUCAUGCUUUUCACACUUGGACUGGACUCUGAAUUUGCACUGCUGGAGACCGUACUGACUGCCCUGUAUGAUAGCUUCCCAAGACUACGCAGCCGUAAGCUGCUGCUCACUGCCACUCUCUGCAUUUCUUGCUUCCUCAUGGGUAUCCCGCUCUGUGCUUCAACGGGUCAAUACAUAUUCUACCUGAUUGAUAGUUUUGGAGGCGGUGUUGGUGUGCUGCUUGUUGCCAUUUUUGAGCUGAUUGCCCUUCACUGGGUGUAUGGAGUCCGGCGCUUCAGUGAGGACCUCAAAUUCAUGCUGGGUUACACUCCCUCGAUGUUCUGGAAGGUGUGCUGGGUCUUCAUUGAUCCUAUUGUUCUUAUGCUUCUCUUUAUCUACUCGGUCAUCACCUGGAGUAACCCAACAUAUGGCGGUAUCGUGUACCCAGAUUGGGGCAUUGCUAUUGGUUGGUUCUUGGCUGCCAUUUCAGUAGGCAUGAUCCCUCUGGUGUUUAUCAUCUUUACCUUUAAGAUGCUCGUCACAGGGAAAAUUUCUGAGGUGUUCAAGCCAGCAAGCAACUGGGGUCCAGGCUGUCCAGAAGCACGAAGAGAACUAUUAGCAUCUAAGUCCACAUUUGGUAUGGAUGAAACAAAGUAUGGCAUUGACAAUCCAGCCAUGGACGCAAGAUAUUAUUCACAGUAAUUCGUUACGGUGUUUCCAUCACCACUGUAAACUUGAAUUUAUUCACAUAUUACUUGGGAAUGAAAUUAAUUUUAUGGUCAAUCUUCCUUCACUAAGUGACUUGAGUACAGUAUGUGGUCUCACAAGGCCAUCAGUUUAGGACCCAGGAAACCUUACACUGGUGGCCGUGACUAAUCUGAACAAUUAUUUACCGUAAUCUCCCUAAAAUUAACAAUAAACCUAAAAAUUUUGGUUAAUGGGAGCCCAGUUUUAAACCCUCUCAGAGAAGAGAAAGGAGAUCAGGAGAGUUUGGCAGGGCAACACAGAAACACCUGUGUUUUUCCUGUCCACCAACUUGGGCACAAUAGGGCUCUGACCAAACCUAAUUUAUCCCUGGUCUGCUGGGUCUUUGACCAAUGGUUCAGUGAGUGUAUAUAGUGUACUCAAAUGACCCACAGUAGGUCUAGGUUUCAGCCAUAAAAUGGGAUAUCAAGGUUAAUCCUUCAUUUAUGUGUACAGGUAUUUUUUCCUGAAGAAGAGGACCAAUAGUAACUGAAAGAUUUGUGCAAACUACUUAUAGGUACGGUAUUUUUUUUU